AUGUUCAAGGGAGGCGAAGGGCUGAAGGCGAAGGGCAUACGUAUCAACACGCUCACCAACAGCUUGCGCAUCCUCGGCGACGUGUACACGCAGAUCCCUAUCUCCAUCGAGACACUGCUCAACGUUAAUCUCCUCACGGUGGAGGAGCUGAUCGGUCUCCUUUGUUCCGCUGACGAGCGGUACGGCGGGCUCGGUCCGAGUGGCAACGAUGGGCAACUGCUGCUCAUUGAGGAGCAGUGGAACACUCGGAGGAAGGAACAUGGCCAGAGCUCUGGCAGCGACGACAAGAACCGUCAUGGGAAGAAGACAAGCCUCGCGGCAACGACAACCGCGGAAACUCCAACGGUGGCGGCACAGCAGUACGCCAGAUGGGGAAUGAGACAUGUUGACCAUCAAUCGCUCCUCCUCACCACGGUGUCCACGGUCACCGCGGAAAAGGAGAGCCCCUUCGAGCACGUCCUCCUGAAAGACGAGCGUUCUCAAGCCUGCGCCGUCAAGAACGGCGAUCGCUGCGACACGUCGUGUGGUACCUGGACACUGAACUGGGCUGGGCCGGGCCACCAUCCCCAACACAGGCACCAUCCCCUUCCCCGUCCCCAACACACGCACACCCAACCUCCUCCGCAAAAGCUAGAUUGCCUGCAGCCCGGCGUCUUCUCCGCCUCCCGGAACGGUCGCGCCUCGCCGUACGCACUCGCGCUCGCCACGCUGCUCGUCGCGUCCGCCUCCCUCCUCGCGCUCAUCGCCUUCGGCGUCUUCUCGCUCCCCGUCUCCGCCCCCACCAACCUCGCCACCACCGGAGACACCGAGACCACAGGCUCCGGCACCGCUGAGGCCACCGACGGCUCCUCCUCCCGCCACGCCCGCGAUCGCCGCGACCUCAGCGAGGGGCUCGGCGAGCGGGGCGCGCAGUGGACGGAGGUGGUCUCCUGGGAGCCCAGGGCGUUCGUCUACCACAACUUCCUGCUGAAAUAUUAUCUAGAUCUACAAAGUCGAAUCCUUGAACUUAUACAUUACAGUGAGAACAAAGCUCUUGCUGCCAAGCUCUUGAUGGGCAAUCUGCACACCUACAGGUACUGCGACAGCGUCUGGACCUUCAACCUGAGAGAUGGGACGUUCAAGAUCAAGGACCUUUCACAGGUGGCGUCAGCAGACGGCGUUGACUCCGGUGACCAGCCGCUGCAAAAUAUGCCUGCGUUGGGCGUGGUCGGUGGCUGCUAUGCGCUACUAGCCAUGACCGUCUCGGUUGUUCCAUGUGACAAUAUUCUUGGUCUAUAUUCUUGUAUUGAGGAUUCUUGUAUAUUCUUGUGUAUAUUCAAACAAAUUAAAAUGCGUCUAGUGGGUACACCUAGUUUUUGUGUAUAUUCUUGUAUAUAUUAUGUAUAUUCUGCAUAUUUUGUGUAAUCCGAGCAUUUUUGUUUGCUCC